CGUACAAAGACAAAAGAGGUUAUGUAUUCUCCCCAACGUGGAUCGGCAGUAGACCGCUCCCUUCUCCUCGUUGAUUUGUGUAUGUACCUAGAUAGUUGCUGUAGCAAGACCCAAACUCUGGGAGGGUGCUGGCGGAAAUCGCUGGUGGCAAACAUGAACAUCCCGUGUUUGGAAGGCACGAGGGUACAGUACCAGAGUACCAAUCCAAUGAACUUCCCGUGGAGGAAGUUCAGGUCGAACCCGGUGCGCUUGUUGGUUUCCCGCGUGGACUUGCACGGUAGCCGUUUACUCGGCGCACCUUCUUAAAGACGGGAGUACGGUGAUGGAGGGUGUAUUAGGGAAGUUUGGUUUUUGUGUUACUCCUAACGCCACCAGGACACAAUAGUUUCGGUUCGGCUGCGCGCCUGAUCUUGGUUGCGGUUGCACCGAGACUGAGGACUGCAGCAAAGUGAAAUGAAAUUGAACAGUUCUGGCUGACCAGGGGCAUACGAUGAUAGAAGGUGCUUUACGCUGCUUAUUUGGCUUUGGAGUCGCAGUUGAAAGAGGAUUGCUUGCAAAUCACAAAUGGAUGGGAACAGUACCAUGGAUGGGCAGGGAGUCUUUUUCCUCACUAUUCAUUCCCGGGUACCCGUUCACACCGGCAAGGGUGAUUUGGUCGAGUGGAAUAAACGGAAACCACCAAGACAGAACCAUCACAUGGCAUCAUCGCACCUACAUGACAUUCAUUCCUCGCCAUUGAACUGCACCACCAGUUUCACUUACUCCCUCUUUCACGGGGCACCCCAACCUCCACCUUCAAUCCUCUCCGUCUUCCUCCUCGCCUUCACCCUCCAGUCCACUACAGCCCUCACAUCCCUCUACUACUUCCCCCCCCACCUCCGACACAUCCGGUCCCUGGCCCCUUCUCCUACCUGCCUAUCGCCCGGCAACACUUCGCCAGCACAUUCAACUCCUUCUACAUACCAGUCCCAUCCGCGCUGCGAUUCCACCAACAGCCCACUCAUCUGCAUCGCGCCCAACUACCUCUAUAUCCUAGCCAACAACCUCGAGGUGUUCAAGCGCAUCAAUACUAGGUACCCGGCCGACGCACGACCGCGAUUCCUGGAGGGCGCGAGAUACAACAAGAUGAAGGCAAGGGUGAUGGGGGGCCUGGGGUUUGGCGAGAAGAAGAAGAAGAAGAAGAAGAAGAAGAAGAAGAAGAAGAAGAAGAAGAAGAAGAAGAAGAAGAAGAAGAAGAAGAAGAAGAAGAAGAAGAAGGGCGUGUUUGGCUUCUUCCAGGGUUUGGGGAGGCGAAUUGGUAUUAAUGGGGUUUACGAUCGAUAUGACCGUCCGCUUUCGUUACCAGACCGACGACAAUCAAGGCUGUCUUCCUCACACAGGGAACAUGAAUGGCUGGGCCUGACACGGGCUGAAUUCGAGCACGAAGUCGUCUACCUAGGGCCGCACGAGAGGGCAAGGCUUCCAAUCAGGUCCAGUAUGUCAAAUACGAGGAGGCCAAGACCUUUCCGUAUUUGCAGGUACGUCAGCUAGGGGUUCUUAUACGAUGUGAACCCCCCCAGAAAUGCCCACAUACCUACCAGUCUACAGGCAGUUGUCCACGAAGGUCUGCGUAUGGCGACCCCCAGUAAUCGCUCUCUUCUUCUAAGCCAUGCCACCAGAAGGUGACACCAUUUGUGGCCGCUUUGCUCCUACUGGUUAGGCGAUAGACUUCAACAUUUCGGCCAUUAACAUGGCGAUGGAGCUCUACGGCGACGAUGCCGAGUUCUUUCGCCCUGAGCGGUUUCUCGACGCUAGCCAAGAGCAGCGCGAGGAAAUGUGGAGGUAACUGAAUGUCGUGGUGAUCCUUGGCUCAGGAAGGUGGAUUGGACGUAUGCUGGGUAAAACAUCGCUUGUAAUUUCUGUUCAGAAUGUUCAGACACUUUGACGUUGAGCGUGGUGGUCCCAUCAAGCCUAGGGAAUCGAGGACAGAUUACUAAAUACCUCUAGGUACCUGCCAAGGUACCUGCACUUCCAAUUCACCAGAAAACGAGACACCGAACUUCAACGCUCUCCCUCCAAUCCUCCUCUCUAGCAUCUGGAUCCUCAACGGCGCAAUGCGGUGCCCUCCUCGC